GGCAGUUGAUACAAUUUGUAAUGUCAAAGUUCUGAUCCUGAGGAUCUUAAUCCAAGAUGCAGAUUUGGUUACUUUUUGUACCAAUUGCUCUAGUGAAUGCUGAGGUGAUCAGAACGGAGUCGUGUAGAGCUGGACAUCCUGGAAUUCCAGGGCAUCCUGGUCAUAAUGGCAUUCCUGGAAGAGAUGGGCGGGAUGGCUCCAAGGGUGAUAAAGGAGACACAGGUGAAGUUGGGAAAUCUGGACCCACAGGACCUCAGGGACCUAAAGGCGAACCUGGAAAACCAGGGCCCCCUGCUGCACCAGGUAUAAAAGGAAGAAGAGGGGAACAAGGAAUUAAAGGAAUACCUGGCAAAAUGGGUCCAAAAGGAAUUCCUGGACCACUUGGACACAAAGGACAAAAGGGGGAAAUAGGGCUUGAAGGGAAACAGGGUAUCAAAGGGGAUUUAGGGCCUAGAGGUCCAAAGGGGGAAAAGGGACAGUUUGGACCUCGGGGAAACACUGGAUUACCAGGUCCCAUAGGACCUACAGGUUUGCCAGGUCCAAGAGGAGAAGUGGGUGCCAUAGGAUCACGGGGGUAUCCUGGAAUUCAAGGUGAAAAGGGAAGUAAAGGGGAAAAUGGGGAAAAGGGAAAUACUGGUGAAAAUGCAGUGAUAAGGAACAGUGCUUUCAGUGUUGGGUUGACAGAAUUUUCCAAGAUGCCUCGUUCAGGUGCUCCAAUUAAAUUUGAAAAAAUCUUAUACAACAACCAAAAUCACUAUGACCCCACCACAGGGAAAUUUACAUGUGAAUUUCCCGGGGUUUAUUACUUUGUCUAUCACAUCACUGUCUAUGUCAAGCAUGUAAGGGUUUCCUUAUACAGAAAUGGUAUUCAGACCCUCAAUACAUUUGAUAGUUAUCAGAAUAGUGAGGAUCAGGCUUCAGGAGGCACACUGUUGCAGUUACAACGUGGUGAUCAAGUGUGGCUUCAAGCAAUCGGUGGUGAUCUUUAUAAUGGGCUGUAUGCAGAUUCCAAUGAUGACACCGUUUUUACAGGGUUUCUACUAUUUACUGAGUGAAGAGGUUCAGUAAGCCUUUCAUUGGAAUGUACGUUUGUAAAUCAACCAACAUCACGGAAGAAACAAAUGAUCUGGUCAUUUAAGACAAAAAAACCCCACAAAUGCUGGAAAUCUGAAAGAAAAACAGAAAAUGCCAGAAACACUCAACAGUCAGCAUCUGUGGAGAAAAAAGCAGAGUCAACACUUCACAUAUUGAUGACCCUUCAUCAGAAAUCUGAAAGUGAGAAAAAAGGUUGCAGAGUAAGUUGCAAAGAGGGGGAGGGUAGAGACAAUGCGACAUGUCUGCGAUAAAUGUUUAAUAAAUCAUUUGUACUAAUCACUGUUACCAAAGGUAAGGUGAUUAUCUUCACUAUCUUCUGUAGCGGACACAUGAAGAGGAAAAGAGGGGUUAUUCGUGGAAUUUAUUGAAGUGAAGCAAUUCUCACUGUGAAUUGCUUCACUUCAAAUAUUAAUUCUUCUUUGUCUCUGGAAGUUUCAUUAGAUGAUCUGCCAUGUGGGCUGACAGACUCCUCUCAAAUAUUUCUGAUGCACAAGAAUUCUUUUUUACCAGGAAUACAAAAUGUCAGAAUCCUAGUAAUUUGAUGUUAAAAAUGCUUGACUUUUCGCACAUAAUUUUAUGUGCAGGUAGCAAGAUCACUGUGUUAAUAUGGACUCCAUAAUUGGAAAACUACUCCCUCAAUGUGUGCACAAUUCAAGAUACCAGCAAUUUGAUAAAGGUUUGCUACCACCCAACUGAACAUAAUAUUUACUCAAUUAUCUCUUCUGGGAUCUUCGAAGGAAUCAGUCCUGAGGAAAAGCAACUGUGACACUAGAGGAUUUAAAGACUAACAGUAAUUGGGAGGGGGAGUGGGAGCAGGCUAAAUUAGAUAGCACUGGAAACUGUGCAGUGGGACCUGGAAAUGUGAUUAAUCCAUGGCCACAUGACUGUACACGAAACUUGUGCGGCCUUCCAUUAUCAAUCAGUCAGCGCCAACCAGAUCUACCAAGUCCUUGCUUCUUACCAAGCGGAGAAGUGCUUCGUAAACACCUUUCUGGAUACCUGCGGACAGUCUUUCUCUGUAUUACCUCUGUCUUCUGGCAGGUUGCUCUGUUCUACCUUUACUGCUGUACUGCCAGUCUGCUGAAGCUUGAAAUAUGUAAAAGAACUUCUUUCCUGGCUCUGAUGAAAGGCCAUUGGCCUGACUCUCUGUUCCUUUAUCUGCAAGUGUUGCCUGACAUGCUGGGUAUUCACAGCAUUUUCUGUUUUUCUAUCGGCUCAAUGGCUAUCUGCAUGUCACAAUGUUGACCUGCUCUUUCAGUGGGGAAAAAUAUACCAUUAAUCCAUACAGUAAAUAUGUCUAGAACUUCAAUCUGAUUAAUACCAAAAUAUUAAAUUCUAUUUUGGAAAGCUGGUGAAUAGGCUGAUCAUUACUUACCAAAUAAUUACUCAAAGGAAGUAAUUAUUUUUUUAUUCUGCUUUGGCUUCUUUAUCAUCAUUUUAGGCUUUUAUAAUCUCCUUCCACUCCAGUGUUACCAGAGUAAUUUGUGACUGAGUGUUUGGCCCUGUAGAGUAUGCUCCUUUUCAGACUCUUUGCAGAAGUAAAUAUGCAAUCUAGGUCAUGUAAUAAAAUUUGGACCAUGUUUUAAGAGUCAUCAAAAAGCAGGACAGCAUUCUGCAACCACAUUUGACAAAUAAUGAUACAGUUGGUGCCCACAGGACCAGAUUCACAUUUAAACUUGAGGUAGCAAGUUGUUCCAGACAACACUGGCAACAAGCAAUCACCAAACCCUUCACUUUAUUGCACCCCCUUCCCACUAUGCAACCAAGCAGCUGCAGAAAUUCCAUAAUUACUGUCAGUUUCCUGGCAUAACAAUGGUGAAUGCUGACAUUUACAAAUUGUUGUUUCUGCAAAAUGUGGGUCAAUAUUUUAGGAGACUAAAGAAGUGUGUGUAUGACAUUAUGUAUGCUAUGUAAGAAAUAGGAAUAUCAGGCUAAAUAACUGUUCAUUGUACAACUCUAAAUGCUUCUACUCCUCCCUGCAUGGAAAUCUUUGUUACUCAGACUCUAUCUUCUCCGAAUCUUAAAGCUCUGGGGCUUCUUUCCUCUUACAGUUUUAGUCCUCCCUAUAAUCUACAUAUUUUAAAAAUUGUGUCCCCUUUUCUUGAUUUGCCUCAUCAAUGCACCUAUUUUUCCUAACAUUCCAAUGUUCAAUGCAACUAUUCAUUUUAAAGGAUAGUUUACCUUAAGCAUGAUAAUAAUCUGAAAGACUUUUUUCUGACCUUUGAGUCAUAGUAGAUUAUUGGCCACUAUUUUCAGACUAUGCAAUAAACAUGGGCAAUAGUUACAAUAGUUUUCCAUUUCAGUGAUAUCACAAACAGCAACAUCUGAAAUAGGCUGACCUCAGCAUUGUGUUUUUUUUAUAUAAUAGGUAAUUCUUUAAACUAUUUUGUCAUUUUUUUGUGGAAAUAUUUUUACUUGAAGCAUUUAACAGUUCCGUUUAAAAGGAAUAGGAAAGUUGUAUCUAUCUUCAAAAUUACACAUACCUUUUCCAUCUAACAAACUGUCUGAGACAAAGCAGAUUUGGAAACUAAUCAUAUAUGUUCAUAUUUUGUAGAAGUUCAUUCAGGAAAAGAUCUGAACUCUAAUAGAUGAGGUAGACAUUUAGCCUGGGAAGAAAUGGGCCUUGACUGAGUGACCCUAACACAGAGUUCAACCAAGAAUCCCACGAGAAACUAAACUUACUGGCAUCUGGCUAGUUCUGUUAGCUAAAGAGCCAGCCUUUUCCAUUAUCUGUACCUUGCCAGCAGCUUACGGUUAGGUAACAGCAUUGUGACCAGUGACUUUGGAUGUGUUGUAAUGCAAAAAGAUGUUGUAAUGGCAAACAAAAAAUUGAUCUUCUCCAGAUGGCCAGAAAGUGUUAAGGAGCUUGCAGUUGUUUUUGGUAUCCAUUAGAUUUUAAUGAUGUGCUCCAUCAGCAAUCUAAUUACACAUUUGACAGAGUAACAAAAACAAAGGAAGUUACUUAAUCCCAUGAGAAAUUUAAAAAUUAAACUUUGAAGUUACUAAGAAAGGCUCAGCCAAGAACAAUUCUGCAAAUCACUGACUGCUGUGUUUCUCUACAAGCAAACCAAAAAAAACUAAAUUAUUUUUUGGGCUGUGAAUUUAGUUAAUGCAAUCAAAUAGUAGUAGAAUUUUGUUCCAUAGGUUGAAUUAAAGAGAGAGAAAAAAUCUUAAUUGGCUCAGACCAACAUGUAAUGGAAAAACAUUUGAUUUAGAAAUGUAAUUUUAACUUCAGGGCAUUAGUUCUGUAUUUGAAUCAUAAAAUGCAGAGGGGAUUUGUAUUAUCAAUUUAAUGAAUUUGUAUUAUCAUAACCUUUUCAGCUCUGGAUGUUAUCUGCAAAGUCUGAAGAUUUAUCUGUUUCAGCUGAGUGUAUGUGUAGCUAAUAAAAGAAUUUGGUACGUUGAA